AUUUUUGACAGUAGACAGUGGGAGAAAAAAAACGACAUAAAGUAGGAAAAUAUGGCGCUACCUAGUCCGACUAAGGUGUCUGGCAAACAUAAUGCCAUAUUUGAAGCAUAUUAUAGACAAAUUGAUCCCAAAGGCGUUGGGACUAUCCAAGCCAUGGAUGCUGCAAAAUUUCUAAAGAAAUCCGCAUUAAGUGAUGUUGUUCUUAGUCGUAUAUGGGAUCUUUCAGACCCAAAUGCUAAAGGUUAUUUAGAUAAACCUGGAUUUUUUGUUGCUUUAAAAUUAGUAUCUCUAGCUCAAUGCGGGCAGGUAAUAAAAAUGAGCAAUAUAUUUUUUGAAACAGAAAAUCCUCCCCGAGUGGGUGAAAUUCCUAAAAUAAUUCCACAAAAAGUUACGCCAGGACCGCCUGGUAGUAACGAUUGGGCCAUGAAACCAGGAGAGCGUGAAAAAUAUGAAAAUUUAUUUCAGUCUUUAAAACCAGUUAAUGGUUUACUACAUGGUGGUAGCGUUAAGAAAGUGUUGAUGGAUUCAAAGUUACCAAUGGAAACAUUAGGAAAAAUAUGGGAUCUUGCUGAUCAGGAUAGAGACGGUAGCUUGGACAAACAUGAAUUUACAAUUGCAAUGCAUCUGGUAUAUCAAGCAUUAGAAAAACGAGCAGUACCAGAAGUAUUGCCAAUUGAAUUGCAAAAGCCAAAACCGGGUGCCCCACCUCCAGUACCACCUGCUCCAGCCAUGCCUAAAGCUCCAAGUGGUAACUUCAAUGAUGGUGGUUUUGUCGCGAAUUUCCCAAAAGAUAUUGGUCCGCCUCCAGUGCCACCUAUACCGGCAGCUAUACCAGCUCCAUUACCACCAUUGUCAAGUGUUCCACCAAUGGUUCCUCCUAGUAUACAGCCCUCGUCUGCGAUAAAUCUAAUAUCAACUGAACCAAUAAUACCUACCGCGACGGCACCAACGACACAACAACCUGUAGAUUGGGUAAUUACACCUCCUGAAUUACUACGAUACGAAACGAUGUUCAGGGAAAGUGACCGUGACAAAGACGGUUUGGUUUCAGGUUUAGAGGUCAAAAAUGUAUUUUUACAAUCAGGUGUACCCCAAAAUUGUUUAGCUCACAUAUGGGCUUUAUGCGACACACAUCAAACGGGGAAAUUGACACUAGAACAAUUCGCAUUAGCUAUGUGGAUGGUGGAACGAAAAAAAAUGAAUAUUGAGCCCCCGGAGGCUCUUACACCCAACAUGGUGCCGCCUAGCUUAAGAGCAAUAGUGAAAGGCGUUGACGUUGUUGCAGCUGAACCCAAGCCCACAUAUUCAAAUCCAGAAUUGGAAAUGAUUUCUAAGGAAAUUGAGGAAUUGUCCCGUGAAAGACGUGCUCUUGAAACGGAUAUAGCUCAAAAGGAAGCUGAUAUUAGAAUAAAAACUGGAGAAAUUCGAAGUCUUCAGAGUGAGCUUGAUACACUAAUGGCAACAUUAAAACAAUUAGAAAACCAAAAAGGGGAAGCGCAAAAACGAUUAGAUGAUUUGAAAAAUCAAACGGAUUUUUUUGUUGAUGAAAUUGAACAAAUUAAUGGCAAAAUUGACGUUACGCGAUAUAAGGUAAACAAAAUUAGAGAGCAAUGUCAAAAACAAGAAGAAACCAUAAAUGAACAAGAAGGAGAGCUAAAUGCUAAACGUUCUGAGUUACAAAAACUAAAAGAUGAAGAAACGGCAUUAGAAAAAGAAUACGAAUUAAAUCGCAAAGAAUUGGAUAAAUUAACAAAUCAAUUGUCUUAUACUCAAUUAGGAAUUAGUCAGGUACGUGCUAGCCUUACACAAUUGUUAGAACUAGAACGUCAAAUGACGGAUGCACUUCUGUUAUGUAAAGCUGCUGUAGACUCCCAAGAUACACAUAUUGUUUCUGAAUAUUCACUUCAAAUUGAACCUGAUUUCACAGAAGCUCGUCAACUUUUAGAAAAAUCAUUUGAGCCUCCACAGGAAGAAGAAACAAAACCUGAUCCAUUUAGUGGUGCAAAUGAAACGUCUAAUACGACGAAAGUCGCAGAUAGUUUUGGUGACCAUGAUGCAUUCUCAUCUUCAAUGGUGAACAAUAAUAAUGGAUGGGGAGAUGGUGAUACAUUCAAUGCUAAGUUUGAUGAUGGUUUUGGUGGGGAUGCUUUUGGAACAAACGCAGGUAGUAAUUUAAAAGCAGAUCCCUUUAACGAUGCUAGGCAAACUUCAGCAUCACCAAUACCACCAGGGAAAGAUGACUUUGGUAGCGAUCCAUUUGCGUCACUGCAUGCUCCAACUGGUCAGGGCAAAAUAUUAAGUCCCAAUGCACAGAAAUCAGGUCCACCGCCAAGACCAGAGUCACCUAGUCCAGCCUUGCCACCAAAGAAAUCUAAACAACCACCACCAAGACCAGCACCACCACGUCCUUUACAGGGUCCAACACGCCCAGCUCCACCAACACAGGACGCAUUCGGAUCUACAGGUGGUGGAGGAUUUGCAGAUUUCGAUGACUUUGACAAUAAGCAACCUUCCCUUCCACCACCACCACAAUUAUCAUUUCUUAACAGCUACAACAAGAAUAAUACUCUCCCACCACCACAACCAUUACCAUUAUUUAACAACAACAAGAACAAUACUAAAUCAAAAUCAAUUUUCACUUCCACUAUUAACACCACAACAACAAAUGCUUUAAAUACCAAAAGUAAAGUGAAUAUUGAUAAUAAUAUAACUAGUACAUUGAAUACAAAUAAUACAGUCAUUAGUUCAUCUAGAACAAAUACAAAUACAAAUCAAAAUGAUAUAAAAUCUACCAGUUUUAACGCAAUUAGAAACAUUCAGACUUCAUCUUCUCCAUUAUUAGAUACAAUCUUUUCCACAUCAAAUAAUACUCUAAUAACAAACACAAGUACUUUCAUUAACAAUUCCAAUACAACACUUGAUACGUAUUCUGAUAUUCAUGAUACAAUUAAUAAUAAUACUAUGAAAAACAAAAACAACAAUGCAGAUUCAAAUGUCUUAAAAAAUUAUCAGCGUACCCAAAUAUCACCCUUACCAAAAUCAGCAUCACCAAAAAUGGAGGAAGAUAAUGAUGAUAAAGAUGAUAAAGAUGAUAAAAUGAAAUUUGAUGAAAAUAAUUUUAAUGCGAAUUUUGUAGAGUUUUCAUUGAGUCAAACACAAAAUAAAGAAAAUUUUCAAAAUAAUAACGAUUUAAUGAAAAAUACCACAACUACCGUUUUUGAUAAUGAAUUUAAUAAUGGCAAAAUUAGUGAAAUUGGUGCUAAAAAUAAAGCAUAUAUAAAAAUAAACAAAAAUAAUAUAAAUAUUAAUAAAAAUAGUAAUAAUAACAGUGCUAUUGAGGUGAUUUCAAAAGUGAUUCCAGUUACAUCCACUGUACCGGCACCUACAGAAUUCGCUGAUGAUCCUUUUAAAGAUUAUCGAUAUGAAGAUAUCUUUAACAUAGAAGAUCCAUUUGCUGAUGAUGAUAACGACGACGAUGCUGAGGACACUGAUUGCUCAGAAGGUUUAUUUCCUUCAGAUUCAUCUUAUUCUCGACUUAUUAUUGAUUUUAUGUCAGAUCCUUUCUCAUCAGAUGCAAAGAAGAAUACUACAAUUAUUGAUAGCUCAUCCAAUAAUGUUUCAAAGGUUACCGAUUUAAUUGAAAAUUUUAAAUUAACACCAGUAUCAUCACCAACACCAAAUCAAGAUAAUGUACAAUUAACUGCAAACUCACCAUCACCUCAAUCAAUUCCAUUAAAAAAGACUAAAAUAUCUAGACCAUUAUCAAAUUCAGAAUUUGUAGCAGAUUUUGCUAAUUUUGAUGCCUUUAAUUUAAAUGAUGAUUUUAAUUUGAAAACUGAAACCACUAUUAAGAAUAAUAAAAGUUUAAACAAUAAUAAUAAUAAUAGUAAGAAUAAUAAUAAUAAUUUAUUUGAUACUAAUUCUAAUGAUGCUUUUAAUGCUACCACAAAUACUAUGCAAUAUAAUUUGACAACAAGCACUAAAGCCAAUAGUGCUCUCGAAAACAAAAAAACCCAGAAUAAUCUAAAUAAUAACUUUAUCGCUGACUUUUCCAAAGUUGAUGUUGAUAAUUUUUUUGAAAGCUUCAAUGAUAAUUUCAUUACAUCAUCACCAGCAAAUGUAACUGAAAAAAUAACAGUUGCACAAGCAACAACUGACUUUAAAUCUAAUAAAGUACCAACAGCAGACCCUUUUGAUGCAUUUGGUGACGGAAAAACUACAAGAUCAUCAAAAGUUUUUAAUGCGAACUUUGAAGAUGACUUCUUUAAAACAGUAUCAUACCCAACAAUUUCCGAUGCAUCACAAAAAACAGUAACAUUAAAUGCUCCAAAAGAUUUUUCAACUGCGAAUACUAAUUUACUCAAGAAUAAUAAUAGUAAUAAUAAUAACAAUGUGAACAGUAAAAAAAAUGAUAUGAACAAUUUAUAUUUAUUUGGUGAUUCCUCCUUUGAUGAUGAUUUUGCGAAUUUUGAAACCACUUCUAAAGAUAACAAAAAAUCAAUUUUUGGCAAAAAUGACUUAAAAGCCUGGUCAUUUGGCAGCAAUAAAAAAGAUAAGAAGACGAUGUUGAGUGAAAAUAGCAAAAGUAAUCAUUAUAAAGAUACUUUUGAUUAUAAAAAAAAAUCUUAUAAUCAACACCAACAGCAACAAAAAAACCAACAAUCAACUACUACAUCAUCAGUUAACUCUGAAGUAAUGGAAAAGUUUGCUGAUGAUUAUUCGAAACCAGAUACAUUCGACGCAGACUUUGAGGAGGCGAUUCGAAGAAGUAUGCUUGAUAAAUAAAUUUGUGUGAAUGAAAA